AUGGUAGUUGUUGUGGUGGUGUUGGUGCUACUGGUAGUGGUAGUGUUAGUGGUAGUUAUAGUGGUAAUGGUAGUGGUAGUGGUAGUGGUAGUAGUAGUGGUAGUAGUAGUGGUAAUGGUAGUUGUAGUGGUGGUUGGUGGUGGUAGUGGUAGUGAUUGUGAUAGCGGUAAUGGUAGUAGUAAUGGUGGUGGUAGUGGUAGUGGUGAUGGUGGUGAUCGUGGUGGUGGCUGUGGUAGUGGUAGUGGUAGUGGUAGUGGCAGUGAGAGUGGUGGUGGUAGUCGUAGUGGUAGUGGUGUUAGUAGUGGUAGUGGCAAUGGUGGUUGUAGUAGUUGUGGUGAUAGUGGUCGUGGUGGUGGUGGUGGUGGUGGUGGUGGCGGUGGGGGUGGUGGUGUUGGUAGUUGCGGUGGUGUUGUAAGGGGUAGUGGUGGUGUUGGUGGUAGUUGUAGUGAUAGUGGUAAUGGUAAUGGUAUUGAUAAUGGUAGUGGUAUAGUUGUGGGUAGCGAUAUUCAAAAAGCAGAUACCCAAACAGUUCUCCAAUCAGCAGGUUCUUAA